AUGGAUAAUCCGGAAUUGUACGCGACAGUCAAUAACCUACAGCGUACAGACGCUGAUGACAUUUCCCACGAGUUCGAGGAGGAUAUUAGAAAAAUGUCCGGACGUUGCCUGGACAUUGGAUCUGGACCCGGAGAUGUCGUGAUGGAUUUCAUUUUGCCAAAACUGAACCCGACUGCGACCAUUGUCUGUUCCGACAUCUCCGAAGCCAUGGUGAAAUUUGGAAAAGAUAAAUACGGGGAAAACAGCCGGGUGAAUUUCAUCAAACUGGACAUCGAAACCCCGAAUUUACCGAGGAAUCUAGUUGGACAAUUUGAUCAUGUUACAUCAUUCUACUGUUUGCAUUGGUGCCAAAAUAUGGGGCAAGCGCUUGACAACAUUUACAAAUUGCUUCGACCCGGCGGAACUUCCCUUUUGGCGUUUGUGGCGAAUGAUUCUGGUCUGGAUGCGUACAAAGUCUUGGCAACCAUGAUUCGUUACAAACCCUACAUGAUGGACGCAAACCGUUACGUCCCGUUUUACCAGUACACUAACCGGCAACGCAAAACUCUGAAGACCUUACUGGAAAAAGUUGGGUUUGAAGUCUGCCAUUGCAGCCGCAGAGAGAAAAGUUACGUUUUCCAUAAGCUGGAGGAAUUUAGCCAAUUCGUACUUGCUCUGAAUCCGUUCAUAAAACGAAUGCCGAUUGAUUUAAGAGAAGAGUACAGGAACGAUUUGGUCAGAGAAGUCAUGAGAAAAAAAAUUAUAUUUAACCAGAGUGAGAAUAAUGAAGAUGCCUACAGUGUAAUGUAUAGAUAUCAUACAUCCGUAGUUUACGUAAGAAAGCCUUUGUAAA